UCCAUUAAACUUAAUAUAAAAACAAAGAAAGUUUUGAACUUUCAACUUUGUGGGGCUAAUUUAUUUUCUGUUUUGCCUACCCAUUAAAAAUUCAAUUCUAGUCAUUUAAUGGGUUUAUUUUUCUUGAUCCAAAAUAAUGGUAGUAUUGUUAUAUUUUUUGCAUGAUCUCAUUUUUCUUUACUAAAGACUUAAACUUUAUGGGUCAUUACAGUUUAGCUUAAUUUUGCUGUUUUGCACGAUUAUGAAAUUUCCUCCAUUUUAAGCUACAUCAAGUUUGCUUACAAAAUUGUGUAUUGGGUUUUUUUUUUUUUUUUUUUUUUAAAAUUUUUUUUUAAUAGUAUUUUUGUCCAAAAUCUUGAUUUUUGUGCAAUAUUUCAAUCUUUUAAGUAAUGGGUAAUUGGGGUUUUCUUCAAUCACAUUGGCUUUAUUUUGUGCUCUUCCUUGCAUUUUCUCAUUCCUCCAUUGCUAGUAUUCAACAAACUAGCACUAUAUCUAUAGGAUUUCAAGCUUCUCAAAUGAGUUUUAUUGAUAACAAUGGGUAUUUUCUCCUAUCAAAUGACACUAAUUUUGCAUUAGGGUUCAACACAACUUCUAAUGAUGUUACCUUGUUCAUGUUAGUCAUCAUGCACCAACCUAGCUCCACAGUUAUAUGGACUGCUAAUAGAGCCACCCCUGUUAAAAAUUCUGACCCUUUUCUUUUUGAUACUGAUGGUAAAGUGUCCCUCCGAAGCGAUGGGAAAGCGGUAUGGGAGGCGGAUACUGGUGGAAAACUGGUUUCUGUAGUCGAAUUGCAGGAUUCUGGUAACUUAGUCAUGUUUGGGACUGAUAAUAAAACCAUUGUUUGGGAGAGUUUUAAGCAUCCUACAGAUACUCUUAUUUUGAAUCAGGAUUUCUUAGAAGGUAUGGUGCUUUCGAGUAAUCCGAAUCCUAAUAAGGGUAAUUUAACCUAUAAACUUGAGAUUAAGUCUGGUGGUGUUAUUCUUUCUUCUGGGUAUAAGACACCCCUAACUUAUUGGUCUUUAAAAGGGGAUUCAAGGAAGAUUAUAAAUAAUGAUGGGUUGAUUAGUUUAGCACGAAUCGAGUCGAAUGCAUGGAAGUUUUAUGAUAAGAACAAGGCAUUGAUAUCACAGUUAUUGUUUCCAUCUAAUACUAAUCCCAAGAAUUCCACUCCUAUUGCUGUCCUGGGAUAUGAUGGGUUUUUGGUCUUUGAUAGUAUACCAUCUAGGUUUGCUGAUCUGAUGAAAAUACCGAGUGAUCCUUGUGGAACACCCGAGCCUUGUGAUGACUCGUAUGGUGUAUGUUCGAAUACUGAUUUUUAUAGCCAGUGCCCGUGUCCUCCUGGACUAGCUCCACAGUCUUGUAAAUCUGGUUUUUAUGAUCUAUGUAGGAAUACAAGUGAUGAUGUUCGGUUAGUCAGUCCUGGUGAUGGGCUUAACUAUUUUGCUCUUGGGUUUGCUCCGCCUUCCACGAAAACUGAUUUGGCAGGCUGUAAGGACUCUUGUAGUAGAAAUUGCUCAUGCCAUGGUUUGUUCUAUGACAACACCUCACGCAACUGCUUUGUUUUCGAUAGGAUAGGAAGUUUCAUUUCCGAUCCCAAGUCCAAGUACACUGUUUUCAUUAAAGUUUCGAUGAUCGAAGGUGUUGGAGAAGGGAACGGGAAUAGCAAUCGUAAACACUUGUCUAUUGUCAUUGUUAUAGUCAUUCUGACUGUAUUGCUAGUUGCUGGUAUGAUUUAUGGAGGAUGCAGGUAUUACAAGACGAAAAAAGUGUUGGGAUCUCUUCAUGAAACUUCCGAAGAAGAUAAUUUCCUCGAGUCGUUGUCUGGGAUGCCGGUUAGGUUUAGCUACCAGUCGCUUCAAGAUGCAACCAACAAUUUCUCGGUGAAGCUUGGGCAAGGAGGAUUUGGGUCGGUUUACCAAGGGAAGCUUCCCGAUGGUACAUUGAUCGCUGUGAAAAAACUUGAAGGGGUUGGUCAAGGGAAAAAAGAGUUCCGAGCUGAAGUUAGUAUCAUAGGUAGCAUCCAUCACAUUCAUUUGGUUAGACUAAAGGGGUUUUGUACGGAAGGGAGCCAUCGGCUUUUAGCCUACGAGUUUAUGGCUAAUGGUUCGUUAGACAAAUGGAUUUUCAAGCGAAAUAAGGACAAUAGUUGUGUUUUAGAUUGGGCGACGAGGUUCAAUAUCGCGGUAGGAACUGCAAAAGGACUAGCAUAUCUUCAUGAGGAUUGUGAAGUGAAAAUAGUCCAUUGUGACAUAAAGCCGGAAAAUGUGCUUUUGGAUGAACAUUUCGAGGCAAAAGUAUCGGAUUUUGGGUUAGCCAAGUUGAUGACGAGGGAGCAAAGCCAUGUUUUUACCACACUUCGUGGCACUCGUGGGUAUCUUGCUCCCGAGUGGAUAACAAACUACGCCAUCUCGGAGAAGAGUGAUGUUUACAGUUAUGGAAUGGUGUUACUUGAAAUCAUCGGCGGAAGGAAAAACUUUGAUCCAUCACUUUCCUCGGAAAAAUCCCAUUUCCCGGCUUAUGCAUUCAAGAUGAUGGAGGAAGGGAAGCUUAACGAAAUCCUUGACUCGAGCCUAAAAUACAACCUCAAUGACGAGAGUGUCACAACCGCGAUUAAGGUUGCAUUGUGGUGCAUUCAAGAAGACAUGUCAAUGAGGCCACCUAUGACUAAAGUUGUCCAAAUGCUUGAAGGGAUCAGCUUUGUUCCUGAGCCUCCUACGUCUUCGUUGACUGGUGCUAGACUUUUCUCUACUUUCUUUAAGUUAACGAGCAGCGAUGGUAGUCAAGGCACAGGGACCGGGAGUUCCUCUGGACCGUCUGAAUGGAACAGCGAUGUUAAUAUGUCUGCAGUCCGGCUCUCAGGGCCAAGAUAGCUAAUGCAUAUACACGGGCAGCUAAACGUCUAUAAAGGAUUGUCUUGUUAUGUGUCUUAUUGUAAAUAUUUAGCUCAGGGCAACCAAAUUUUGUCACACUUUGUUGUAUGAUCUUGUUUGAAACAUAAGAGAAUAGCUUGUUAUAAUACAAAUGGCUUAUUAAAUCAUAUACUUCUUAUUUACGUGAAAUUGCAGGUAUAUUUGCUACCAAGUGUCAAUUUAUAAAUUA